GGUUUUUCCGGGAGGCGCUCCAUCUUUUCCCACCGUUUUACAGCCGUGGCCUUAAAACAGGCAAAAGAUUAAUUACACUCCAACCCACCGGGAUAAUUAGAUAAUUAGUAUUUUGUAUCUCGCUGUUUCUAUAGCGCAAGCUGACCUAAAAAAAAAAACAGUCAGAAUGACAGACUCCAAGUACUUCACUACAAACAAGAAAGGAGAGAUAUUUGAACUAAAAGCUGAGCUGAACAAUGAGAAAAAAGAGAAGAGGAAGGAAGCAGUGAAAAAGGUCAUCGCUGCUAUGACUGUAGGCAAGGAUGUGAGCUCUUUGUUUCCAGAUGUGGUGAACUGCAUGCAGACGGAUAACCUGGAGCUGAAGAAGCUGGUGUAUCUGUACCUGAUGAACUAUGCCAAGAGUCAGCCUGACAUGGCCAUCAUGGCUGUCAACAGUUUUGUGAAGGACUGCGAAGACCCGAACCCUCUUAUCCGUGCCCUGGCCGUGCGCACCAUGGGCUGCAUUCGCGUAGACAAGAUCACCGAGUAUCUGUGUGAGCCUCUGAGGAAGUGUCUAAAGGACGAGGACCCGUACGUGAGGAAGACUGCGGCCGUGUGUGUGGCCAAGCUGCAUGACAUCAACGCGCAGAUGGUGGAGGAUCAGGGCUUUCUGGAUUCCCUCAGGGACCUGAUCGCAGACUCCAACCCAAUGGUCGUAGCCAAUGCUGUGGCAGCUCUGUCUGAGAUCAGCGAGUCUCACCCCAACAGCAAUCUGCUGGACCUGAACCCUCAGAACAUCAACAAGCUGCUCACCGCCUUGAACGAGUGCACCGAGUGGGGACAGAUCUUCAUCCUGGACUGCUUGUCCAACUACAACCCUAAAGAUGAGCGGGAAGCCCAGAGCAUCUGCGAGCGCGUGACCCCACGCCUCUCACAUGCCAACUCGGCUGUCGUGCUGUCGGCCGUCAAGGUCCUGAUGAAAUUCCUGGAGCUGCUGCCGAAGGACUCGGACUAUUACAACACCCUGCUGAAGAAACUCUCUCCUCCUCUAGUGACUCUGCUGUCUGGCGAACCCGAGGUCCAGUACGUGGCCCUCAGGAACAUCAACCUCAUUGUGCAGAAGAGACCCGAGAUCCUGAAGCAAGAGAUCAAGGUGUUCUUUGUCAAGUACAACGAUCCCAUCUACGUCAAGCUGGAGAAACUGGACAUCAUGAUCCGACUAGCCUCUCAGGCCAAUAUCGCCCAGGUAUUGGCUGAGCUGAAGGAAUAUGCCACCGAGGUGGACGUGGACUUCGUGCGCAAGGCGGUCCGUGCCAUUGGGCGCUGCGCUAUAAAAGUCGAGCAAUCGGCCGAGCGCUGCGUGAGCACCCUCCUGGACCUCAUUCAGACAAAAGUGAACUACGUCGUGCAGGAGGCCAUCGUGGUGAUUCGAGAUAUUUUCCGCAAGUACCCCAACAAGUACGAAAGCAUCAUCGCCACUCUGUGUGAGAAUCUGGACUCUCUGGACGAACCGGACGCUCGGGCCGCAAUGAUUUGGAUCGUGGGCGAAUACGCAGAGAGAAUCGACAACGCAGACGAACUUCUGGAAAGCUUCCUCGAGGGCUUCCACGAUGAAAGCACUCAGGUUCAGCUCACCUUGCUGACAGCCAUAGUGAAGCUGUUCCUGAAGAAACCCUCCGAAACGCAGGAGUUGGUGCAGCAAGUUCUCAGCCUGGCCACUCAAGACUCUGAUAACCCUGACCUGAGAGAUCGUGGCUACAUCUAUUGGCGUCUGCUGUCCACUGACCCGGUGACAGCCAAAGAGGUGGUGCUGUCCGAGAAGCCGCUGAUCUCGGAGGAGACGGACCUGAUCGAGCCCACGCUGCUGGAUGAGCUUAUAUGUCACAUCGGCUCGCUGGCCUCCGUCUACCACAAGCCGCCAAACGCUUUUGUGGAAGGCAGUCACGGCAUCCACCGCAAGCACCUGCCCAUCCAACACGGCAGCAUCGAUACUGGCGAGAGCCCAGUCAGCGGUGGCCCGGCUUCCGCCAUCGACCAGCCCCAGGUUAUUCCAUCUCAAGGUGACCUCCUGGGUGACCUACUCAACCUCGACCUGGGUCCUCCAGUCAACGUGCCGCAGGUCUCGUCCAUGCAGAUGGGAGCCGUAGACCUUCUAGGAGGCGGGCUUGACAGUCUGCUUGGUGGUGAUCUUGGUGGAGGUGUUGGAGGCAGUCCUGCAGUCGGCCAGAACUUCAUUCCUUCCUCGGUGCCAAACACGUUCGCACCGUCUCCCACUCCGGCGCCCAUCAGCAGCGGCCUAAAUGACCUGUUUGAACUCUCCACAAGCAUGGCUAUCAAUACCGGGGGUUACAUCGCACCAAAAGCUGUGUGGUUGCCAGCUGUCAAGGCAAAAGGGUUAGAAAUUUCUGGAACGUUCUCCCGCCGUCAGGGUCACAUGUACAUGGACAUGACUUUCAUCAACAAAGCACUGCAGCAUAUGACCGACUUUGCCAUCCAGUUUAAUAAGAACAGUUUCGGAGUGAUUCCCACCACACCUUUACCCAUUCACACACCUCUAAUGCCGAACCAAAACAUCGACAUCUCCCUGCCGCUCAACACCAUCGGACCCGUUAUGAAGAUGGACCCUCUCAACAACCUCCAGGUAGCUGUGAAAAACAGCAUCGACGUCUUCUACUUCAGCGUGCUCAUUCCGCUCAACGUCUUCUUCGUCGAGGACGGCAAAAUGGAGCGCCAGGUAUUCUUAGCCACGUGGAAAGACAUUCCCAAUGAGAAUGAGCUGCAGUACCAAAUCAAGGAGUGCCACUUAAAUGCAGACACUGUGUCAGGCAAGCUGCAGAAUAACAACAUCUACACCAUUGCCAAGCGGAAUGUUGAGGGCCAGGACAUGCUCUAUCAGUCCCUGAAACUCACUAACGGCAUCUGGAUUCUCGCCGAGCUGCGCAUCCAACCUGGCAACCCCAACUACACGCUCUCUCUGAAGUGCAGAGCUCCAGAAGUGUCUCAGUACGUGUACCAGAUGUAUGAUGCUGUGCUGAAGAACUGAAGAUCGAAAUCUCUCCACAAACAGUCUUUCCUCCUAUCAUUCCUGUGGUACAAGAACAAACUUCACCUUUUCCCAUUUCUGUUUUCUAGGAUUUGUAAUGUUUCACUGCUUGAUAUAGUGUCCUGGUAGCGACCACAUACGUUAGCCAAAAUGUCUGCUGUGUGAGGGGAAAAAAAAGUUGCAGGUGGUGCAUUGUGCCACUCGGUCGCAUUUAUUAUGUUAUACCUACAGUUAUAAAAAUGUCUGUAAAUGAAGUGUGACUGUAUUUUUCCCUUUCACACACUUGCGCUGUAUUUGCCAUGCUUGAUUUUGUUCAUUCAAUGAGUCAGGUUGUUUUUCAGUGCAAUUUCACAUUUUCAGGCAGAAUCAAUGCCACAUAUACUGAGGUUCUGGAGCCAGGAGGGCCUUGAUAUCUUAAUCAGGAGGCAGAUGAGAUGAGGGUUCUAAUAAACAUCAUCUUAGAGUCAGUGGUUCAGAGCCACUUUUAGUAGCUCCAUGGGGAUUUUGCCUUUAGUUUAAAAAAAAAAAAAAAAAAUCACACCUGAAAUAGUACAUUCAGCGUUGUAUGAUGUGUGAAAUAUGCUUCGCAUGCCUUAACUUGUUCCUCUUAAAUGCUCACCUAUAAAUUCCUAAGCUAAUAUAAAGUAUAUUGUUCAGUCUCGGUUACACUCCAUUUCACAACCACUGCCACAAAGCAACUAGCAGUCCUCGUUGCAGGUAUGCUGGUAUUAUUUCUGUUUCAAGCACUUUCAUAUUCUUCCUAGACUGAAGGCAGUCAGAUUUUAACCCGUUUUAUCGUCACGUUGUUAGCUGUAUGCUUCUGUGCAGUGAUCGUGUACUGUGAUUUAUAUAAAGGUAUCACACUCAUGCAUUAUUAGAAACCAUUCAUCCACUAACCCUGUACUAGAGCCUGAACGUCACGUCAUUUCUGAAGUGCUUUAGAAUAAACGUUAAGGGAGCAACGAUGUCAUUUGUGUGGUGGUGUAAUUCAGAGUAAAUACGUCAACGUGUCCCAUGGAAGCAUUGCUCUAAAGAAAGUUCUACGCUGCACAUUCUGUUAGUUAAUGUAAAUGUUAAAGCCCGAGCUCAGUUCUAAUGCUUAGCUUCAUGUGACGUGUGCAGUAGUGCUUUCAGUCUUAGUAGAUAUUAUCAUAAGCAUGAGUAAUCAUAGGAAAAGUAGAUAGACUGCGUCUGUUGUGGGGGAAAUUUCUUUUGAAAAAUUUGUCUAGAUGUUUCAUACAGAAGGCAGCCUUCCUGUCCACCGUAUUCAGAGGCCAACACAGCUAACACUUCCCCAGUCAUUCCACCUCUUCACUCAUUCCUCGCAUUGACACUCGCUGCCAAUGUUUUGCUUCAUGUAUUUUCAUUUUUGAAUAAAUCAACGAAUAAUAAAAAUAAUAAAUAAAUAAAAAUCGUCCCUGACCGUA